CUUCGACAUAAUGCCACCGAAAGCACCCCUUAAUUGGGGUUUGAUACCCCCAUCAUUCCUUCUCCCUUCAUCGGCACAGUCCCUCUUCCCUCUAAUACCUCUCACACAACCAUAUCCCCAACCAUCCUACAUCCCCAUCCGAACUAUUAAAUCCACCAACAAGCCCCGUCCGGACCGCUUCGCCUACGACUCCAAACGCUCUCCCCUUCAAAGCAGCACCUCCGCUGCCCUCGCUCGAAAAGCGCAUUCAACCCCUCUUCGAACCGGUGCCCUCGCCCUCAAACGGGGUAUGACUGCCCUCUACGACCCUGAAACUGGAAAACGCACGCCGUGCACUGUACUCCAACUCGAUCGCAACCAAGUUAUCAUGCAUAAAACGCGGGAGAAAAAUGGAUACUAUGCCGUGCAGAUUGGGGCGGGACAGAAGAAAGCGGAUAAUGUGACGAGGCCCAUGUUGGGACAUUUUGCGACAGCCAGAGUCAGUCCGAAGAGGUGGGUUGUGGAGUUCAAGGUGAGAGGGGAAGAAGGAUUGAAGGUGAGAGUCGGGGAGGCGAUUACAGCGAGCUGGUUUAGAGCAGGUCAGUUUGUAGAUGUUAAGGGAAUUAGUCGGGGGAUGGGGUUUGCUGGUGGAAUGAAACGUCACGGCUUCAGCGGUCAACCCGCUUCUCACGGUCAAUCGCUCAUGCAUCGUGGCAUGGGUUCUGCUGGAGGUUCGCAAGGCUCUGGUUCAAGAGUGCUACCAGGAAAGAGAAUGGCGGGUAAUAUGGGCAAUGAAAGCGUCACGGUCCAAAAUCUGAAGGUUUUGCAGGUCGAUGAUGCAAACGGUAUUGUGGUUGUAAGCGGAUGUGUUCCAGGUCCGAAAUACCAGAUUCUGAGAAUCCAGGACGCCAGGAAGAAGCCGUGGCCCGAAGGACCAAUGUCUAUUGCUGAAAUGGCAUCGAUGGCUUCUCAGACCGCCACAACUACAGUUACUGCAGAAGCAUGAAGAAAUUACAUUACUAGACGAAAGAGAAUUGUAUUAUAGCCAUUCUUGGCGUUGGGAUUACAUGCAAGACGCACUUGAGCGAAGAAAGCAUUAGCAAUUUUGUACAUUGGAACACGUCACAACUACUGUU